UGAUUGUCCAGUGCCAAAGUCAAAACCAGAUGAUCGAUUGAUUAUUAUUUAAUUGCAUAUUGCGAUUUCAAUUUGUUUCUAGUUUUUAAAUUAUAAAACAAAUAUAAAAUAAAUAAAAUGAGUAAAAAAGUACCAAUUCGAGAUAUCUCACCGGUCCUUCAAACGUUUAGGGACUUCCUAUUGGGAAGGAAACAUACACUGGCGUUACGUUUCGAAGAGUUCGUCGCGGCGAGGACGCAGCCGCCGCCACGAAUUCCUGAUGGUGCUACACAUAAUCAUGCCCACAAUUAUUACUAUACGAGGGAUGCCCGCAGAGAAGUAAUACCACCAAUUGAUGUUACCAAACAGUUCCUCGAGGCUAGCUCUGACAAAGGAGCUCCAAAAGCUGCAGCGAAUGUUAGCCCUACACCUGGCAAAGUGUUCCCCUGGGAUCAACAUCAUCAAUAACAAAUUAUAGAUAAUAAUACAAUUAGUUUUUAAACCAAAUAAAUGUUACAUUCUUUUUCAAAUAACUAUUUAAAUUUAUGUUUCAGUAAAUUUAGGACUUGUAAUAAUAUCCAACAGACAGGCAAUAUAAAAUGUAUUUCAGGUU